UAUUUUUUUUAAAGAUUGGCAACGCUGACAACACUCAUCAUGUGACGUUUUAGAAAAUUGAUAGGCAAAGAAAAAUGAUAACACAGCUUGGAAAAGAUAUUUAUAACGCCCAAUAUCGCGUAUUAGACCACAGAGUAUUUGUCAAUGGAGAAAUAGAAGAAUUUCUUAAUAAUUUUGAAACACAGCGCAACGAUUCCGAAAUAGAGUCACUCUUCAAAGUAACCGAGACUGUGGGUGCACUCAAAUACGAAAUUUCCGAUAAAUGCAUUAAUUUAGGAGCUGCCAAUUUAACUGAAAUUUCUACUGAGCUUAAAAGUUUAUUGGAAAAAGUUGAUAAUUUAGUUAAUGAUUUGCAAAAACCACAAGAGCCCAGUGAAACCUUAAAAGAAGCACGUUUGGAGAGAAUCCGUCGUAAAGAAGACAUUAAUAAACAAAUAGAACAUAAUUAUCAACGUGUGGAGAAUUCAUUUGCUGUUAAGGAAGAAGAAAUUGCGGAAUUGUAUUCAGACUUACAAUUGAAACUAAAUAUACCCAAGUAA